AUGAUGCUCUGGCGCGAUGUGCGCCGCCAUGGCCGGCCGCUCAGCCUAGGGCUUCUCAUUCUCCAAAUACUCACCGUAGCACACUGGUGGAUGGUGACCAUGUAUCUCCCACGCAGCAGUACUUCAAGUCUGCCCCUCAUCCCAGGCUACACUAAUGCAGCGCUGCCCAGCGUGUCACGGGAAUCGUGGUGGGCGAAGCUGCGGAAACAGACCACACCACCGUUCUCUCAUCCACCGCCGCCGCCUCUGCACAACGAGGAGCCGACUCUGCCGCCGGAGCGAGUAGCUGCUAUCUCCACCUCCGCCCCCUCUGUGCCUCCGCGGCCGCCUGUGCCGAGCACUGCGCUGCCAACCGACGCGGGGGAGAGCACGAAAGGCGUCCCCGCUUUGCCACCGGAGCGGAUUAGUGAGCGUGGCAUCUCGACGACCAGCGCUUCGCCGACUCUCUCCUCGGACGACACCAUCGCCGCCUUUUACGCGCAGCUCGCCGUCUUCGAGGCGAAUUUGCAGGUCAAGGAUGUCAAGGGCAACCCCGAUCAGCCCACCAAGGGCUUCGUCGACAUCGACGCAGACGAUGGAGCCGGAGUACCCCUCCCGUACGACCCGUACUACAUCGAGGACUCUGCUCGUUGGACGGCGUGCGACCCCCGCAACGCCUCCUUCUCUGUUGAGCGGGAUCGGCUGUGCCAGGAGUACCUGCGCAAUCACAACAACAUGCGUAGUAUCAAGGCGAUGUCUUCGAAGCUUCUGCAGGGCCGCACCAUCAAGAUGCAAAUCACGUACGCGCACAACGGCCUCAGAACCAUUGUAAAGCUGUCGCAGCGAAAGUUUAUCUACGAGGCCGUCAGCGAGUACUGGGCCUACUCCUUUGACCGCGCGCUCGAGUUCAACCGGGUGCCAACAUCGGUGUUCGUGCCUAUUCCGCUGGACUACCUGCGAGUCGCCGUCGCUUACUCACCGCUUUUCUCACAGUGGUUCCACCGCUUCGUCGUCCUGUACAACUACACGAACCGCAACUUUGUCCAAUGCGCCUACUACACGCGGCAGGUGUCGGAGUGCAGCAUGGCGACGUUGCAGCUCUGGAUGAAGGAUGUCCACCCCGCGCUCGACACGUUUCUGGCCAUCCCAUACGAAAUCGACAACUCCUUCAUCCGCAAGUACUACAUUCCUGGCCACGAGCUCUUCGCCGGCACCAAGCGGGCACGGCUGCGCGCCGUUGGCGAGCUUCUCGAUCGCAGCGUGUUCGACUUUCUCAUCGGCAACACCGACCGCGGCACCAAUAACCACAACAACUUCGCUUACGGUGGGUGCAGCGCCGAAACGGAGUGCCAGCUGGAAAAGUCAGAGAACCGCAUCAAAGGUCUGGCCAAGUACGCCUACAUCGACCACGGAAGCAGUCUUUAUUCGCACAAGGAGCCGGUGGAGAAUCCGUUCUUCGGCAACGCCGACCGAGUAAGCAUCUGCCGCUUCCGCCGGUCCACCUUCGAGCAUCUCGCCAAGUACGCCUCCACCGAGGGCGCGCACUACCCUCUCAUUGAGCACGUCGAGCGCUCUGUACCGGCGGCUGCCUACGAAGUCAGCCACGAAUCCGUCAUUCGUAAAGUGCAGGUGCGCCUCGACAAGAUCGUGCACAUCAUCAACCGCUGCCGGGUCAAGUACACCGACAACGAGGUGUUCUCGAUGCCAGAGUACGACUCGGUGCGCAUUCCAGAGGAGGACGCAACGCUGGGUGACGAGUGGGACUGA